GCGCCGUCGAGGCUCCUCAGCUGAGCUCCGAGCGGUCGAUCGCCCUCGCUCCCGCAGUCCCGGCUCCGCUCGCUGCGGGCUCCACCCGCCAUUGUAGGCCUGUAGUCUGAUAUGGAGCAUGCCUUUACCCCGUUGGAACCCCUUCUUCCCACCGGGAAGUUGAAAUACUGCCUUGUGGUUCUGAAUCAGCCUCUGGACAAAUGUGUUCGUCAUCUUUGGAGCAAAGCCCUUUUGAGAGCCUGUGCUGAUGGAGGUGCCAACCGUUUAUAUGAUACCAUGGAAGGAGAGAGGGAAAGCUUUUUGCCUGAAUUCAUCAGUGGAGACUUUGAUUCUAUUAGGCCUGAAGUUAAAGAAUAUUAUGCUGUCAAGGGAUGUGAGAUUAUUUCAACACCUGACCAAGACCAUACUGACUUCACCAAGUGUCUUGAACUUCUCCAAAAAAAGAUAGAAGAAAAACACCUACAGGUAGAUGUAAUCGUGACCUUGGGAGGUCUUGGUGGGCGUUUUGACCAGAUUAUGGCAUCUGUGAGUACCCUGUUCCAAGCUACUUGCAUCACUCCUGUGCCAAUUAUAAUAAUCCAAGAGGAAUCUCUCAUCUACCUGCUUCAACCAGGAAAGCACAAAAUGCAUGUAGAUACCGGAAUGGAAGGUGAUUGGUGCGGCCUUAUUCCUGUUGGACAGUCUUGCAAUCAUGUUACGACAACAGGCCUAAAGUGGAACCUCACGAACAACAUGCUUGGCUUUGGAACACUGGUCAGUACUUCCAAUACCUAUGAUGGGUCUGGUGUCGUGACGGUAGAAACGGACCACCCGCUCCUCUGGACCAUGGCCAUCAAAAACUAACCCAGCAAGUGGCAUCCAUGGCCGGGCCUCGGAUUUACCUCAUUUGCUGCUGACUUACUGCUCCACAAGAAGAGUUCACCUUGGUUUACAGAAAUUUAAACCUCUCCAUGGGAUGCCCCCUAGUUUUAAAGAUGUUAAUGUUUCGGGAACCCCAGGUAACACAAAUGACAGAUCUGAACUCUACAGUGAGGGAGAAAAAUUAUUUAUAAAGAAAGUACAUAAGCUCCAUUACAUUCACUUGGAAAACCAAAGUGGGUCAUUCCCCUACAAAAUUCAGUACCGGUUAUUAGCAUUCCAUUUCUCCUAGGGAAUUGUUUUUAAUUUUGAAGCGAGACUGUUCUCUGCUGAGGGUCUCUGGUGUCCUCCACAUCAGCUGCCUCCUGCCCAUCCUUAAAUCCUUACGCCGAAGGCUCCGUCUGGUGUUUAUGAACGCUGGAGUCCUCUCUGUAACA